CAGACUAAUGACACACAGAACCAUGUGGAUGACUCUCAAAAUCAUGCUGAGAGAAAGAAGGCACACACGAGAAAGUAUUUCCUGUAUGAUUCCAUUUAUAUAACAUUCUAGAAAUGCAAAUUAGUCUAUAGUGCAAGAAAGCAGGUUAGUUGUCGUCUGGUGAGGGGCAGAUGGACUGCAAAGGGGCAUGUGGAAGAUCUGGGAAUUUAAUUUAGCCAAGAUGAACCUCCGCAGGCGCUUGAGUCCCUCUUUUCAACUCUUUUUUUCCCCCCCUUUCGCUUUGCAGGCCUUUUGGCUCCGGUGGCUCUCCGUCGCUCGUGCGGAGGCGUUCACUAGUUGAAGAGAUGGCGACUGGAACGCCGGAGACGCAAGCGCGAUUCGGUCAGUCCGUGAAGGGGCUUCUCACGGAGAAAGUGAACACCUGCGGUACUGACGUGAUCGCGCUCACUAAGCAGGUGCUGAAGGGCUCCCGGAGCUCUGAGCUGCUAGGUCAGGCAGCUCGAAACAUGGUACUACAGGAAGAUGCCAUCUUGCACUCAGAAGAUAGUUUAAGGAAAAUGGCAAUAAUAACAACACAUCUUCAAUACCAGCAAGAAGCUAUUCAGAAAAAUGUUGAGCAGUCAUCUGAUCUACAGGACCAGUUGAAUCAUCUGUUGAAAUAGAACAGCUUAUAAGAAGGCUUUGCCUGAUGCUGUAGAGGAAACAUCUUACACAACCAUUUGUGCUGUGGGUUUGAUUUUCCAUUUUCUUCUCCAAAAGUUAAGGUAGAAAAGAUUUGUAACGAUGUAUACUUUCUCCUGAAAAGAAGCUAGGUGGUUGAAUUUUGGAAGCACUUCUUGAAUCAGACUAACCCAUGCUCUUAUUGGAUUUUUAAAUUGCUGUAUUUUUUUUAAGUUGCUCUCUUAGUUUGAUAUUAAAGCAGGAUUAAAAGAUGUCUUCCCAUAAAACUUUAAUGGCAAAAGCCAUAUUGUUUAAAUGUGAUUCUUAAGCAAAUACUGAGUAGUGUUUUUCAAUUCAGAAAUCGAGUUUGUAUUGUGAACAUAUAUGAAUGACUAAUACUGUUUUUAAAGAACUUUUAAUCAUACAUUCAGGAAAUAUUUUAAUUUCAUGGUUACAGAAUGGUGAUAGGCAAUACCUGUUGUUUUCUUUUCUAGUAACUCAGAGGAGAUACUUAUUUUAUUUGUUGUAGCAAAUUCCUAACUGAAAAUUAGGCAAAUUAUAUCAUAUCUGGCCAGCUGCAAACUCUUGCCUUGACCUGCAUUCCUAGGAUUUCUUUGUUGUUUAAAAUUCCUGAUUAAGUGGCCUUGGGUUCAUAACUUAAUUUUGCUAGUAAUCAGCAAAUUCACUUGUAUAACAUUAUUGCCAAAUACGGAGGCAGUUGAAUUCCUGUGAGUGAUUGCGGUGUAGGGUUGUGCCACGGGGAAAACCUUACGUUUGUAGACAUUUACCGAUGUUCAUUGAAUUCAUCUUGUUAAAUGGCGUUACCAUUGUCUGUAGUCUUAUCUCAAUGUCUUUACUUUGUUUGAGUUUUAAAUGGGACUCUUUUCUUGUUCCAGUUCAGUUCUUCAUUUACUAAGGGUUUGGGGGAAAGCUCACAUAAGAAAAUGAUGUUUUUACUAAAAGAAAAAACAAAUAAGAGCCCAAUUUAAUCCAUAUUAUAUGUCAUCAAGUUGACUAAUCUUAUACAUUGCAUUUACCCCUCAUUGUACAUAUACUCAUUAACUUAAGGGAAAAAAAUGGUAUAACGGAAUUUGCUUAUGCAUUUAUUCUAUAAACAUUUAUUGCAAUUAUCAAAUGUAAACAGGCUCAGUUUACCUUAGAAGGAAAGGUUGCAAACUUACUGCAAAUGUCAUAUUAAAAGUAAAACAUUUGAAGCAUUAUCUAAGGGUGUUACUAUCACUGUUUCUAUUCAACAUUUUGCUGGUGGCCAUGACUAGAGCAGAAAUUAAAAAUAAGUAUAGUUGUUAGAAAUGAAGAGACAAAAUUAUUAUUAUCAUAUGAUAGGAUUAUCUACUUAGAAAAUCCGAGGACUAAUUU